AUGGGCGAAAGUGUCACGGCGUUAUGGGAAAGCGAGCUGCUUCGUGCGCGCCAGUGGCUCGUAGCUAGUCGCAAGGACAAGCAACAGGAGAAAGAGCAGCUCUUUCAGCGCGUGAAGAUGCACAUGGGCUUUAAGGACCACCAACGUUCGUUACAGAGCGCGGAAGUCGUCAGUGAGGACGAAAAUGACAUGGCGCUGGACUUUUUGGGCGAUGUAGACAUGUCAGAUAUGGACGCGCUGCUACAGGCCGAAGCAGCGAAGGCAGCAGCGGUAGUGGAGACGACAGAGACCUCUUUAUCGAGUACAAGGGAUUUAAUGACGCCUCUGGAGAUGCCGAUCGACUUGGUAGCGCCUAAAUUAAAGCUUCAACCUGUAGCUAUGUCAGAGUUGGAUCCGAAGCAAAAUAUUGCUGGUGUGACGUUGGGAAAUGAGGCAGGAGUUCACGAACUAAUGCAAGAAUUGGCAUUAGAUGUAUCGCAAUUGAAGCAAAUAGAGAUUGAAGAAUGCAAGACGGAAGAGAGUACACCACCUCAUAUAUUGAAGAACUUUGGCGGGAAGAACAAGACACCAAGUGAUGAGACAGAGCAGUUUAAUUAUAUGCGGGAAAUCUCGACGAAAAGUCCACAAGCUCCACAUAAAAAGAAAGCAGAGACAAGUGUUACAAUGCAACAAGAUGAUGUUGUAGAAGAAAUGUUGAGUUGGGUGUCAGGUUACCGUGAUCCAGAGGUUAUUCGACGCAAGGAAAAUAUACAACGGAAACGAAAACAUACUUCUCGGUAUGGAGUAGCAUCGGAGGAAGAACGUCGUCGGGUUUUGCUGCAGGUGAAGAAGAUUACACACGAUAGCAAAGAUGACAGUGAUAGUGAUAGUGACAACAGCAUGAGCAGCGGCUAUUCGCCAGCAGAGGAUGACGAGAUGUCUGAGCUAGACGAGAACGAAGUGGUUGAUCUUCUUAGCGAUGAUUGCCUAAAUAGUGAGGAGGAGAGACAGUCCGUGAAGCAAAAGAGGAAACGACUGCGUCAGACGGAUGGUACACCAAAGAAAAAGAAAUCGCGUUCACGAAAACCAACCGUCACGCGCAAACUGACGCAGCAGAGUUGUACUGUUCAAGAUACAGACAAUGUACAAGUAACCAGUUCUACCGAAAGCGAAGCGAAGCAUGUUUUAGCUACCGCAUUUGUAGAAGCAGACUCAACAAGCAUGUCAGGCCGACCGGUUGAGCUUCUGUCCAGUGAAGGGGCAAGAGAGGCAAAUGGCAAGGAAAACAUCAUAAAAGUGGGUGAGCGCAAAUCGACGAACAGCCAUGGUGCUGAUGGUAUCAGCAGCAAAGCACCAGAGCUGAAAAAAAGAUGGAAUUGA